AUGCCACACGUCUCGUCCACUGGCGGAGAUGAUCUCGGCAGCACCGAUGAGGUUAAGGUGUUCAAGGACGAGGGCGACGGGGAGGACGAGAAGAGGUCCUCUGAGAAGAACCUCACCGAGGAGAAGAGCAGUCUUAUCGACCUUACCGAGUCUGAGGAAAAAUCCGGAAGUGGAAUCUACAUCAAUUCCUCCCACAAAAAUGUGCAGCGUUCUGACCACAGUCCCGUGUUCGCAAAAGAAACGAGAAGAAGAAACGAUUUGGACAGGUCGAGGGAAAAAAAGAGAGAGAAAGAAAUAGCGAAAGAAAGAGAGAGGGAGCUGGUGGCCGGCCACAUUCCACAGGUCAUCGGACAAGAAAUUAUCAUCAUCAGGUGCUUCGCCCUCUUAACAAGUGGAUGGGCAGGUAUCUGUUUGCGUACGAGGGUUGGACAAUAA